AUGCGUCAAUCAAGCAAGUGUCGAGAAAUCGAGUCGAACCCUCCAAAUCCCUUUAACAAAGUAUGGGCAUCAUUGCUGGAGGAUUAUCCAAGGGCUUUGUCUCAAUAUGGCUAUAACAUUGGACUUGUUAAUCGGCAGAGAGUUAUAAAUGUGUCGCAGCUUCUUUUUGUUUAUUCCCUUGGUUCGCAGCCAAUUUUGGCUGCUGUUAGGGCCUCUCUCUAUGAUGCUGGAAGUGUAGUACCAGGAGGUUGCGGCGUAGGUUCAACAGAUCGAUUUUCCGCAUCGACGAUUGUCACCAGCUGGGAAGCAAAGAGUAUUCAUGCAGCAGACACUACUUCAAGUACCACAUCGGACAAGUCGCGAUGGUUGACAUCGACGCUUCGAUUCUAUGCUGCCUCCCCUCCACAAGGUUCCGCAGUUACGUGCAUCUCCGAAUCUCAGCCAAAUGCGUCAUUUAUUAGCAACCUAAUCUACCACAUCUAUCACAUCCCACUGGUAACAAGUGGUGGUUCCGGUGCAACUUAUGUUAAUCCUUCCGCAAGCGAUGUUUUAUCUGUGCUGAAUCGCCUUUCUUCUUAUGGAGAUGCGGCGUUGCGUGGAAAUCUCGCUGCCAGUAUCAAUUCCAGAGAGCUAAAACUUUACGACGACAACAGUUAUGAGAUUAAAGUCACACGACAUCUUGGAACUGCUUCUGUUGUAAAUGUGAUUGCCGAAUACAGGCUGGGUUCUCUUUCCCAAACUGAGAGUUCCACUUUUGCCGCCUACGCACCCACCGUUUUAUACACUUGUCCUCAUAUUGGCAGGCAAUCAGUCUUUCAAAUUAAUACCAAAUCUGAUCAAUUAGCGUGUGAUCUUGUUUCUGAUCCUUCGAUUGGAACUCGAAUCAGCAUUGGAAUUAUUUUUUUGGCGGCCUUACUGUACGCUCUCUCUGGUAGCCAUUUUGUGUGGUUACGUUGUGGCGUCUCUAUUGCAAUGUUUUCAUCGUUCAUUUCUCUCUUGGUUUUCUAUCGGUAUUUCCACCUCUCUGAAAGUGCAUCCCACUUGGUCGUGGCCAGUUUGUUUAUACCAAUUUCCAUUAGCUGCUUGUUAAUGCUUCUAAUCUAUUGCUGCUGCAUUCGAAAAUCUUACGUGCAAGACACAGUGCCUCUAUCCCCGAGUAUAUUUCAUCCCCUGAAUGAGCCGCAGCCACCAUCUUACAGCAACUACGGGGCAAUAGGAGAUAUGGGUGAUGGAUGGGCUGAUGUUGAUCCCUUUUAUCCCUCGCUUCUCUCUCACCGUGAAUUCCCUAGAACCUACUCCAAUUUCACAUCUAGGACGGGCGAAGGCAUUUCUACUACGACUGCUAUACUAAAACGUACUUUCUGUUACUGUUGCCAUGGUAGGCGAUUAAAUCAGUAUCGGUUGUGGCGACUGGCAAGACUGGUUCCCGUACCCUCUGCUGCAUUGCUUCUUACUUCCCUCUUUGUGGGCCUGCUCUUAGGUUACUUUGAUGCCCUGAAAAAUCCCACGGGGCAUAUGUGCUUCUUCUCAUUAAUUUACAUUGUGCUAAUUGCACUAAUGUCUAUCUACAAAAAUAUGGCAUUUGGCCUGUCGGUUGCACUAACUGGCCUUUAUGUCAGCCUUACUUGUGUUGCCCUACUAUUUUUCCCGAAUUCUCUACUGCCUUACAUUCUGGUGGAUGAGUUUCUCAUUUUAACAUGGCCAGAGGAACGUCUCAGUGUUCUUGACAUCUCCGUUUACGGUAGAAAUGACACAAUCCUCCUAGUUGUGUGGCUAGGCGGAAGUGUAUUAACAGGCCUUGCAACUUUGUGCACCCUCCGUCUGAGCGACUCUCAAGAUCACAAUGCUUGUCGUGGACAGGCAACAGGAACGCUACGAGAAACGCUAACUGGAGCAUCUGCUGGGGUGGUAUUGACACGAUCAUCAAGAUUGUCGUGUUGGUGGCUGUCGAGGCAGCGUUUGCUUCGCUGGUUUCGUCGGAGGCGGAUGCGAAAUAGCGGUCCUUUCAUCUGCAACGAGUUGGAAAUAAAUGCAAAUAGGAGGAAUGAGGAGGGUGUGGCGUCAUGCUACGAUGUCUUUGAGCCGCCGUUACCCUCCAACUUUUCCGUGGGGGAAAAUAAUCCUCAAACCAGUACUACAUGGCCACCUCAGCCCUUCACCAGUCGACCUUUGGCCCCAGUCCUCUCUACAGAGCGACGCGUAUUCCCUGACAAGCAACACCUGAUAUAUGGCGCCACAGUGGAAACUACGCUUCCUCCUCCUACUCCUCCUCUGGUCCCAAUGAGUCGCACUCAAAUGGAAGCGGCGGUGGCGGCCCUCUCAGUGGGACCGGCCAACAGGCAGGCUAUCUCACCCACUCUCUGCCACACUACAAAGGCACGCAAUCCUUUUGACGCAGACGUGGAGGAAGGUUGUGCCUCUAAACCAAAAGACUUUUCUGCCUCUCCUACCGGUGCGGCAAUGACACAAUGA